AUGAGCAGCAUGAAUGUUGGGGCCUCAAUCCUUGAAGUCUUCUUAUGUCUUUGGGGAUUUUAUUUGUCUCCGAGGAGCGCUGGAUGGAAAGGUUCCUUGCAGCAUUUUGGAGUUUGCUGCGUGGUUGGUUUCAUCUUAGCUGUGCUCUUGUAUCUUGGCUUGUAUUGGUUUCUGUCAUCCUUGGCAAUCUUAUUCUUUCCUUUCUGGAUUAUUAUGUCAAUCCUACUGUGUUGGUCCAAGCAUAUACGCUGCUUUGCUGUUCUCUUCUUUCUCUCUUGUGGACUACGUGAAGGCAGAAACGCUCUGAUUGCCGCUGGGACGGGGAUUGUGACAUUUGGCCACGUGAAAAAUAUCUUCCAUAACCUGAAAGCCCUGCUGGAAGGGAUGACCUGCAACCUCAGUAUCAAAAGCUUUGCUAUCCAUUUCCCUCUCUUGAAUAAAUACAUUGAAGCAAUUCAGUGGCUUUACAAUCUUGUCACAGAUGUCAGUCUGUUUGAAGAGAUCGUAUCUUGGAAUCACACCUUGGCUGUGUCUGUUCUCAGUCCCAGCAAAGCCUUUGAGAUGAGGCUAAAUGACACCAAAGGAGAAAUCCUAAGUGUGAUAGACCAUGUAACCACUGUCACAGAGGUGGUGUCUUCCUUGGGCCAAGGGCUAUUGACCAUCACUGGGUUUGCUCUAGUCCUUCUCAGCACAGGACUCUUCAUGAAACGCUUCUUGGGCCCUCGUAGCUGUAGAUUUGAAAACACCUACAUCACCAGGCAUUUCGUUCAGUUUGAUGAGAGUGAGAGGCAUCACAAAAGGCCCUGUGUCCUUCCACUUAAUAAGCAGGAAAGAAAGAAAUACAUCAUCAUUCCUUCCAUCUGUUUGACACCUAAAGAGAAGAGAAACCUUGGACUGUUUUUCCUUCCCAUACUGACUAAUCUCUACGUCUGGGCCAUGUUUGCAGCUGUGGAUUAUGGGCUGUAUCGGCUCAUUUCUUCAGUAAACAAACAUCUCAAAAACUUGCCAGGAAUGGCGGUUCACCUGAAACUGUACAAUGAGGUGAAGGGAAGUCAUGACAUCAUAAAUGACUCUUCCUUUAACAUAUCCCUGUUUGAGCCCAACUGCAUCCCCAAACCUGAGCUCCUUUUGUCUAAAACAUGGAUCCCACUAAGUGUCAUCAUCCUGAUGUUGGUGGUGCUGGGUCUGCUGUCUUCCAUUCUGAUGCAAUUUAAAAUCCUGGCGUCUGGGUCAUUCUACCCCGAUGUGGAGAGGGACCGGAUACAAUAUCUGCAUGCCAAGAUCCUCAGGAGAAGAUCCAAGCAGCCAGUGAGGAAAGGGAAAAAGAAACUGAGGCAGUUUGUUACAGAGCUACAUUUCUGGUUUCCCGUCCUGAAAAUGUUUGGGGAGGGCACAGCAUCCCCUGCAAAUGAAAACAAUCCUUGAAAAAUUCCAAGCAGCUCUUCAGCUAAAUUUAUCUCAGCAGC